GUGUUUCGCUGACAUCCCUAGUUGAGUUUUUCGUGGACGCGACGGCGUCGAUAAAAUCUGGCGCAAAAGAGAAAAACAUAAAUAAACAAUCGUUAAAUAUUAAAGAGAACAGCAGUUAAUAUAAAAACAUGAUGGCGCGCCGCGGUGGGAAGCGAAUACGUAUGGAUGAUCCGCCUCCGGCCCCGGAAUACGACGAGUUGCACAGCGAUGCAUUAAAUGAAAGCGCUUCGGAUGCGGACAGUCCCACCAAACGGAUGACGAGACUACGAGCUCGUGGUGGCGUGCGUGACAAGCCGCCAAUUAUCGACGACGAUGAGGAUGAAUUCUUUGCUCCCGUUUCACGUAAGAGAAAGACGCCACAAACACGCAAGCCAGCAGCGGAGCGCAAGGAGAGGAUUGAGCGACCACGUAAGGAGCCAGUGGAGAAGGCGCACCACGAACGAAUUGACAAUGAACGGGAAAUCACCACAGAUGAGAACAGUUUGUACUACAUUGUGCGCCACUCAAAGAAUCCCAUUGCGAGCAUUGUUGACCAAUGGAUUGAGCAGUACAAGGCAAAUCGGGAGACGGCACUCGUCGCUCUGAUGCAGUUCUUCAUAAAUGCCAGCGGCUGCAAGGGUAAAAUAUCCGAGGAUAUACAAUAUCCUGUUGAUCACACGGCCAUCAUUCGCCGCAUGACUGAGGAAUUUGAUGAGGAAAGCGGAGAGUAUCCAUUAAUUAUGACUGGCACACAAUGGAAGAAAUUCAAAAAUAACUUUUGUGAUUUUGUGCAAACGCUUGUCAAGCAAUGCCAGUAUUCCAUUAUCUAUGAUCAGUUUUUAAUGGACAAUGUAAUCUCACUACUAACUGGAUUGUCUGACUCGCAAGUUCGCGCCUUUCGACAUACUGCCACAUUGGCAGCCAUGAAAUUGAUGACUGCUCUGGUGGAUGUUGCUCUGCUCGUUUCCAAUAAUUUCGAAAAUGCAGCUAAACAAUUUGAAGCAGAACGUGUCAAGUCUCGCGAUCGUCGCGCUACGGAUCGCUUGGACUCCUUGAUGACAAAACGUUCGGAGCUGGAGGAGAAUAUGGAUGAAAUAAAGAGCAUGUUGACCUACAUGUUCAAAUCGGUCUUUGUGCAUCGUUACAGAGACACAUUGCCGGAUAUAAGAGCGAUUUGCAUGGCUGAAAUUGGUAUCUGGAUGGAGAACUAUCCACAGAAUUUCCUAGAUGAUUCCUAUCUCAAAUAUAUUGGCUGGACAUUGCACGAUAAAAUUGGUGAAGUGCGUCUGCGCUGUCUGCAGUCGUUAUUGCCACUGUACGACAAAGAGGAGCUUAAAGGCAAACUUGAGUUGUUCACAUCCAAGUUCAAGGACCGAAUUGUGGCCAUGACGCUGGACAAGGAAUUCGAGGUAUCAGUACACGCUGUCAAGCUGGUUAUCAGCAUAUUGAAAAUCCAUCCGGAGAUUUUGGCUGAUAAGGACUGUGAGAUCGUUUAUGAGUUGGUUUAUUCAUCUCAUCGAGGCGUUGCACAGGCCGCUGCAGAGUUUCUCAACGUGCGAUUAUUUCAUUUAACCGCCGACAUGGAGGAAACAAAGACGAAACGUGGCAAACUGCGUUUGCCCAACACACCGUUAAUACGGGAUCUGGUGCAAUUCUUUAUUGAAUCGGAGCUGCAUGAGCAUGGCGCAUAUUUGGUGGACUCUUUCAUAGACAGCAAUGAAAUGGUUCGCGAUUGGGAAUGCAUGACAGAUCUGCUGCUGGAGGAGCCCGGUCCCAACGAGGAGGUCCUGGACAAUAAGCAAGAGUCUACGCUCAUUGAGAUCAUGGUGAGCAGUGUCAAGCAAUCGGCAUCCGGUGAAGUGCCCGUUGGACGUGCCAGCAAUCGCAAAUUCACACUUAGCUCGAAGGAACUGAAGGCCAUACAGGACGAAAAGGUCAAGUUGACGGAGCAUUUCAUUGUGACACUUCCGGCUUUGUUGGAAAAGUAUCAGGCUGAUAGCGAGAAAUUGGCAAAUCUGUUGGCAGUGCCACAAUACUUUGAUCUCAAUUUGUAUACCACAAAUCGACAGGAGGGCAAUCUGCAAUCGUUGCUCGACAAGAUCAGCCAGGUCAUGUGUAUGCAUACAGGUCGCGAUGUGCUCGAAACCUGUGCCAAGACACUGGAGUGCCUCUGCGCCGAGGGCAGCGCCACAUAUACUCGCUGCAACAUUGCCCGCUCCAACAUCAUCGAGAGCGCUGUCAACAAGUACAAGGAUGUUAUUGUCGAGUGGCGUAAUUUGAUUUUAGGCGAAGAGACACCAAAUGAGGAUGAUAUUUAUAACAUAACCAUAACGCUAAAAGUGCUGUCUAUACUUUAUUCAUCACACAAUCUGAAUCCUUGGGAUCUAUUCAAAUCGCUGUUCCGUGAUGUGGAGGAGGCACAGUGCAAAGACAACGUUGAGCGUUGUCUGCCAAAUGAGGCAUUGGCUUACUGCAUUGAGGCUUGUUACUUCUCCAUAAGCUGGGGACUCUACUACGUCGAGAAUGAUUGUGAAGCUCUCAAUGUGGCUGCAGUUGUUGCCGAACUGCGCGGCAAUUUAGAUAGCUUCAUGUCCGCCUGUUUUGAGCUAACACGCGACGGACCCACUGUGCAAAUUCAAGAGGCUGCCUAUCAGUCCAUUUGCGAUCUACUUAUAAUCUACUCGGAUCAAUUGGCGCGCAGCGAGAGCGAACAUAUACGCAGCUUGGAAUACAAGUCGCGCUUGGACGAGCAUCUCAUUCUGGACAAUUUUGUGCAGCAUUAUGUGUUCUCACUGAAGCAGGUCGUGGCCCAGGAUGAAACACGUAUCGAGGAGUUGCACAAGAAACGCAAUUUCCUUGCCUGCUAUUGCAAGCUCGUUGUCUACAACAUAAUUCCCACCAUGCGAGCGGCGAGCAUUUUCAAAUACUAUGUCAAGUGUUAUAACGAGUAUGGUGACAUCAUAAAGGCCACUUUGGGCAAGGCACGUGAAAUUAACAAAGUCAACUUUGCCAUGACGCUUUUGCUCAGUCUUAUAACCGUAUUUAAGAGCCUGAUGGAACAGAACGACGAUGGUCCGGUAUCAAAGAGUUCACAGGAGUUCAUCGAUCUAAAGGAGUUGGCGAAACGUUUUGCGCUCACAUUUGGUUUUGAUGCACUGAAAAAUCGGGAAUCGAUUGCGGCCAUACAUCGUGGUGGCAUAUACUUUGCUGCCAACAAACAGCCCGAUGAUCCAGUGCGUGCUCCGACUCGUCUACUUUUCCUAGAGGUGCUCAAUGAGUUCAACUAUAAGCUGCUAAAACAAGAUAAAAAGGUGAUUAUGGCAUUCCUGGAUAAGGUCAUUCCACCAGGUAUGCCAUCAAGCCGUGCCGAGGAAUGGCAGCCGCUGGUCCUUUAUCGCAACUCCUUGCUACACGGUGAAACCGAUCAGGCGCCUGUGACCACACGUCGGGCAUACACUCGCAAACGCAGAGAUCAUGAUGAGGAUGACGAGGAGGAGGAAGAUGAUGAGGAACACAAUGAUCCGGAUUAUAGAGGCUAAGGCUUCUCUAUGGCAAUUAACUUUAAGUGUACAACAUAAUCCCUUCAAAUAGGUUUAGGAAUAAAGUGUAAUUGUUAAACUGAAA